AUGACUUCUCUAAAGCAGGCGUUCAGCAUCUCGAAAGAGGAGGUGAAGAAUGCCCGACCGCCAGGAACCGCAACGCUGGUUGAACAUCUCGAAUGGACAGCGUCGCAAACAGGUCACGAUGAAAUCCGCCUCGUGCCUCAGCCAUCCGCCGACCCAGCGGAUCCUCUCAACCUGCCCAUGUGGCGCAAGCUCGCAGUUCUGGCCGUCAUGUCAAUACAUCCAUUCGUGGUAAACUUCACCAGUGCCUCCAUCUCGAGUGCAUUGCCGAUCUACGCGUCCACGGGCGUGUUCGGCUUCCCGCCAAAGACGUUCUCGCAGUUGACGUACUUCAUCGCGUGUAACAUCCUCAUGCUGGGCGCGUCGAACUUGUGGUGGGUGCCGCUGGCGAACACCUUUGGUCGCCGCCCGGUCGUUCUGGGCAGCUUGUUGCUCCUGAUUUUCUCGAGUAUGUGGGCUGGUCUUGCGACUAGCUUCAACAGUCUGGUGGCUGCGAGAAUUUUCAUGGGUAUCGGGGGUGGGCCGGCUGAUGCUGUGAGCCCGGAUGUUGUUGGUGAGAUCUUCUUUGUCCAUCAGCGUGGACGUGCUUUGGCCAUAUACACGGUCAUGUUGUCUUUUGGCUCCCUCGUAGGCGCCGUCGCGGGUGGCUAUAUCGUCGCCGACAUGGGCCUUUCCUGGCUCCACUGGAUGAACGUGCUCCUUUCCGCCAUCACAUUCGUUCUCUGCCUCUUCUUCCAAGCCGAAACCCUCUACGACCGCAAAUCCACCACCAUCACCUUCUCCGACGAUCCCGACAAGCAGACCGUUGAGACCAAAGAGAGAGUCGUUGUCGCAGAUGCCGCCAGCCCAUCUUCUUACCCAUCUUACUCUUACGCUAAGUCUCUUCGACUCUGGUCUUACCGCCCUGGUCUCGUGCAAAACUUCCUCGCUCCAUACAAGACCCUCAGACUCCCAGGUGUGUGGCUAGUAUCAGGGUGGUACGCCGGACUCGUCGGCCUCAUCGUCACCAUGUCGAGUGUAGGACCUCAACUCGUUGCCGCGCCGCCUUAUCUGUGGGGAAAGAACGUCGGACUCAUCAACAUCGGCGGUAUCUUUGGCGCUCUUCUCGGAUGCGUCUAUACCUACCUCAUCGCCGACUUCGCAACCAAGCGCCUCGCAAAGAAAGACCUCCACGGCUUCUCGGAACCUGAGUCUCGUCUCGUCACGGCACUGCCCGCACUCGCUCUCGCCACAAUCGGCGCUCUGAUCUUCGGUUUCGUAGCGCAGAACCCUUCGCCUACCGGGUGGGUUGGUCUCCAAUUCGGCUUCGGUCUUGUCGCUCUCGGGCUCAUGCAAGCGCCCUCCGUUGGCUUCAACUACCUGAUUGAAUCCUACGGGGUGCUCGCUGGAGACUGCUUCGUUGCUGUUACGUGUGUGCGGGCUAUCGUUAGUUUCGCGUGGACGUUCUUUGUGGGCGAGUGGGUUACGCAUCAGGGUGCUGCGGAGCCGUUUGGUAUCUUCGGUAUGCUUAUGGGUGUGUUUGGGUUGUUGACGAUCCCGAUGUUGAUCUGGGGGAAGCGGCUGAGGAUCUGGACUGCUAAGUGGGUUCCUGAAGGCGCGGGUUUGUAG